GAUGAUAAGAGUCCGAUUUCGACGUUAGCCUUACUGGUGCUAUUCGGUGACAGUCUACACAACAUAAUCGAUGGUAUGUCGAUUGGCGCUGCGUUCUCGGAAAACGUCACCACCGGCAUAUCCAUAUCGAUUGCAAUUGCGUGCGAGGAAUUCCCUCAUGAAAUCGGAGAUUUCGCUAUACUAAUUCAGUCCGGUAUGUCGUUCCGUCGUGCUUUGUCAUUUAAUUUCCUGUCAGCCUGUACAGCAUUUAUAGGUUUGGUCAUUGGUAUUUGUUUGGGAAAUAUGGAAUAUUCUGGGUUUGUGUUCUCUUUCGCCGGUGGACUGUUCUUGUUCAUUACAUUAACACAUUUG